UUCUGUACCAUUAUUUCCCUUGGUUGCAUGUAUUCGCGGUGUUUGCUCGCCGCUUCUCCGACGCGGCUCGCGCGCUCCGCGGAACUUGGUGCUGUGUGGGUGCUUGCGAAGAUGUCGGCGACCCUUGCCUUCAAAGAGAACUUUGACUCUGAGAAAGCAAAAGGUGCCCUAGAAGACAUUCUAGCCGCGUUUGACCAACCUGAUAACUUCGCCAGGCUUCAAGAUGCAAAGGAUCUUGCCGGAAAUGACAUGCUUAAGCACAUGCAGAUAGUUUUCCCACUUUUAACACAAAUAGAAAUGACUGUCAUCGAAAGCUAUGGCUUCACACGCGACGGAGAAGGUGUCUUGCAGUUCGCCCAAAUCAUCAAGCAAAUGGAAAGGGAGCAUCCUGAAAUUGCACGGCUGAAUGCGGAGCUCCGAGCACAUUUCAUCCCUCCGAUGGUGCCGCCGUCGUUGCCUGACAACUGAUAGCUAAUUUACAAUGCGGUGACCGUAUUUUAUAACGAUACGUUUCAUUUUCCACAUUGGCUGACGACGCAUGAUAUUGGAAAAUGAAAUGGGACGUUGCAAAAUACGGGCCUGGUUUACUUACAGUCAUUCAAGUUUGAGCAAUGAAAGUUGUUUUAUUAUGUAUCCAUGCUGCCGGGCACCCUGUUUAUAUUAUUAUUAUUAUUAUUAUGAUUAUUAUUAUUAUUUUAAGCAGGCAAUGUUCAUCAGUCAUAAUUGAGUCAUAAAUGAUACUGCCUGCAUUGCGUGACCGGGUGUCCCAAGCACAUGGCCUGCUCGUGCCUGCAUUAUCCUCCUUCCGCCGCCAGAGUUACUGAAACCCGUGAACAACUCUCCCUAAAACCCAGCUCUAAAAACACGGCACAUCGCAGCUCGCAAGGAGCUGUGCAUUACGUACGCGGCCCGAUGAUGCGUGACUCGUGUUUGAGAUUCCUGUGCUGCGUCUGCCAGCCUGUGGUUUGUUUUAAAAAACAUCGUUUCAUUCACUAAACAUCGCAUUUGAAAGUACUGUAAAUCAUAUCAUAAUCACCAUGUUGUUCAUGUAGCUCAUCUGCUAGUUGGCGAAAUUUUUGAAAGAAAUGGAUGUUGAUGUGUGGUGUGCCAUUCAAGAUGGUAUAAAAUAUUUGUUAAAAUAAAGAGUGACACGUACAGUGACACAAA